GGCUAUCCAUACAAUUCGCAAAAUAUUUACUAAAGUCAGCUAAUCCAAAACUUUUAAAUUAAGAGCAAAUUCUACCUUCUUUUUUUAGAUAAUAUUUUCUUGCAUAAAGGGCUACCACCAAAAUAAGUUUCAGUCCUUUCAUAUAUUUCACACAGGAAGAUUUGUGUUAGUUAAUUUGAAACAAUACAAAAAUGGCAAAGAAUUCUUAUGCACUGUCUGGCCUAAUUGUGGCCUUAGUCAUCGCACUGGUAUGCAACAUCCAUGAUGCUGCAGCAAGAGACGUGAAGCUAGUGAAGCUCCGCGAUGUAAAACCCGAAACUUUGAAGAAGUUGAACGGAGAGAAAGAAAGUGAAAUCAUGAAAGGAGAGGAGAAAAACAAUCUUCUAAAGGAAAUUGAGAAGGCUAAGAAAAUGCUCGGAGAAUUGAAAACGUUGAAGAAGCAAUCAACUGGUGAUAUGAAAAGCGAAUUGAGUUCUUUGGUGAAAUCUGAAUCGUUACUUAAUGAAAUUUCAGAUUCUCUCAAGAAUGGAACGUACAACCAUAUUAAAGCAAACAUUUUUGUUGAAAAAGAAUCAUUUUUCUACAGAGCAUGGAAGGAGAAUGCCUAUAAUUCGGUGGUUCCGGAGAAAGAGAAAGAGUAUAUGUCUACCAUAAAACGCAUUGUCAAGUUGUUGAAGAAAACUUAGAAGAAGAAUCGGUAAAUUCAUGAUAUGUAGUAACCUAUAAUUAACAAAAAAAAAAAA